AGCGUUGUUUCAAGAUGUCUGAUCUGAGGCUCUUGCUCCUGGUCGGCCUGCUCUCUCUGUCCCCGGGUCAAGGCGAGAGAUUCUUCCGUUCCUUUUCAAUAAGCUGCUCCGAUUAUCGCGUUCUUGGAACUAUUAUCUAUUAUCCCUCUGAAGGCAUGAACCGAACCUUAUUGACCCUUCCUAUUGAGGACACGAACCAAACCUUAUACGUCGGACCGAAGGCGAAUGGAACCUCCAAAGUACUUCUGAAGUUUGGAGGAAAAUCUGAGUCGGUCAACCUCACGACGCAACUCCAGAUCCGCUUGUGGGAUGACGGCAUCAAGUUCUGUGUUGAAGUUUCUGGAGAAAGGAUAUGCAACAACCAUACAAACUAUUUUGAAAUAGAGUCGAACGACACUUUUUCUCUUGACUGUCCCAGUAUUUCCCAAAGUGAGUUGGAUUUAUUUUAUCUUUGCAUGCAUCACUCUACUUGCAGCUUCUGGAUUCAGUUAUUGCUAUUUUUUAUUAAUUCUAAUCAAUUUAGGUUUUUUUAGUUUAGUUUUUAUCCCAUUUGUUGCAAUGGAUAUUCUUGGUUUGGCUAGUUCUAUUUUGCUUCUAAAUUACCCCAUGUGCAGAAAUGGCCGUGGUUACCCUCCGCUUUUAUCCUUUAUUUGUUUAUCCUUUGUACACACUUCACGCCUUUGAGACAUUUGCAGUACCGUGGCAUCCAAAUAAGGGGCAUGGCCAGGCCACCGCUUCCCCGUCUCAUGGGAGUGGCACUCGUCCUCCUCGAGCAUGGCGUGGUGACCUGGAGGCCCGGGGAGCAAAGCAGCUCGUCAAAGGGGAAGUUGUGGGUGAUUAUUAGAGACAAGUCUACAUGAGACAAGUCAGAAGACUACGUUCUCAUAACAUCAUUGUUCGGGGUGUCUGCGGAUAGGUUUAUCCAGCAUUAGGGUCGCUUUCACACCAAGGUGGCACGUCACCCGUGGCAUGCCAUUUGAAAAUGAACACUUGAAAAUAUAUGGAACGUUUCACACAGAUGUGAAGUGGCACGUCGCAUUUGCCACGAGCAACCGGCGUCUGUUAUUUUUCAGCAUGCGAUCAAUCACCUCGGACAUGUCAGACACUAAUGAAGCUUUUACAGUCAUAGUUAAGAUAAUAUAAAAACGUUAGGAUCAAACAACAUAAUAUAAAAGGAAAUUGUUGGGUGUAUAACACACAGAGUAAAUUCGAAAAGACUUGACAGAUUUCCUGCAAAAACAUUCGACACAUUGCUUCGGUCACCCAGUGAGAGAAGCUUUGGAUGAGAGGGUAACCGCGCGCAGUCUUGCAGGAGAAUACAGUCCGAUGUGUGCUUGAUCUCGUGCACAGCCAGGUCUUCCAGAUGAUGAGCCAAUCAACACAUUUGUACAAACUGUGAGGAAAUACAAAUGUUUGUAUGAUGAAACAUCUACUCAGUUCAGUGACGAUACUUUCCGUGGUGGAAUUAUCCCAAUAUUUUGUUUGUGAAAAAAAACGUACAAGCAUUUUCAGGUAAUAGUUCAGUACUUUGUUUCGAAUUUUGUAUCAGUGAUUUCAUUCUCCAACAAAUAUGUUGCCGCUUCUGCUACCCAACACUUAUGUGUAGUAGCUACACCUUAGGGGUCACUCCGCCUACGCCCUGGACAGAGAGAGAAGGGGGUAUGGAACAAGUGCCACACAUUCUGCCCCAAAGUCCUCCACCAAGUGACAUAAAUAUAUAUAUCUUGUGAACCGAUUGAAAGCGGUCUGACACGCGCCACGUGCAACCUAGGUCUGAAAUCACUUUUCAGUUGACACCACCUGCUGUUUGCC